AGUCGCGAGCGGGCAGCGCGAGCGCCGGCCGCCGCCGCCGCCGUCUGCAGCGCGCCGCGAGCAAGGCGUCCGGUGACCGCCGAGGGCGUGCAGCGGGCACACGCUGCCGGCAUCGCGUAUUGAGCGGCCCCGCUCUGUGACGCCGCGGCGACCGCCCCCGGCGCGGACAGUGAGUGCGAGCGGUCACCGUUGGCGUGUCGGAGUGACCGGGUCACGCGGCUGACCCGGAAGUGACCUCGUUGACCGGUAUCGUGUGUGACCCGCAAACCGCAGCGGUGCUCCGCCAGACGCGGCGGAGCGUGUGUGGACUACCGGAGCGGACGACGGGGUUCUCAGCGCCGGUGGGGGCGUCACUGACCGCCUCCCGUCCCUGCGCUGACCCGGGCGGCAGUGGGCCGCUGCCGCGGGCUGCUCCCGGCCAGCUCCGAGCAGCCGCUCUCCGCCGCUCGGUCCGCCCAUCCGCCGGGCGCCGCGCCUGACCUCGGUCCCCUCCCCGUCCCCCGGCGGCGCCGCCCCCGUCAGCCGCGGCGCCCGCCGCCGCCGCCGCCGCUGCGCCGCCCAUGGAGGUGGUGCCCAUCCUGCACAACAACCGGCCGGCCUACCAGGUGGUGACGGUGCCGACGCGUCGCCGUCGUCGCGCGCGGCGCCGCACGGUGGCGGCCGACACUGCCGACCCGCGCGGCCGCAGCCACCUCUCCAACAAGACGGCCGAGGACCGCGUGCUCGAGUACGGCACGGAGCUGUUCCGCAGCAGCGGCGAACUGCUGCUCUGCCAGUUCUGCGACAAGCCGGUCGACCCGCGCCGGCGCAGCUCCAUCGAGUACCAUCUGAAGAGCUUCUCGCACCAGCGCAAGGUGCGCUCUCUGACGGCCGGCAGCCCGCUAAGCUCCGAGGGCGCGGGCGAGGGCGGCGCGCCGCCGGGCGACGAGCCGGAGCUGGUGCCGCUCGGACCCGACUCAGCGAUGAAGGUGGACCCGUCUGGCGGCAGCGAGUCGCCGAUGCGGCCCGGCGAUUGGGGCGCCCUCUUGAACGGCCAGCAUAGUUCGGCGGCGCUCAGUCAGAUGUCGCUGCUGAUGGCCGAGGGCGUGGCGUCGUCACUGUGCGAGGCCCAGCUGGCCGACGAGGGCUCCAGCGCCGCCGCCGGCUCGGGCACCGUGUUUACCGGCGGCGGGGAGGCUGAGCGGCGCUGCUGCUGCCACUGCAGCUGCGCCGGCGGCGGCGUGCCGCGCAAGGAGGGCAACACCUUCCCAAAUGAGCUGGUGGUGAAGGUGCGCGUCUCGGACUCGCCGGAGCGGCACUUUGUGCUGGUCGACCUGCCGACUAGCGACCUCAGCUGGCUCAGACUGGUCGCCGCCAGCUGCGCCGCUCUCGGCAUUCCGGUCAAGAUGGUGAAGGAGGUGCUGAAGCUGCCCAACACGCUGCUGGUCCGUGACAAGGACGUGAAGCGGCUGCUCGACUACCAGGAACUCGAGCUGAUCCUGCACAAUGCCUGACGGCUGCAGUUAGUGCCAUCUAGUGGAGAGAAACAGAGACUCUAGUGUGUAGACCUGCCGACAGGAGAGUGGCAGAGAACGCGCCGCCAGCGGCGACUUUUCUGCGCCACCGAGCAGAAACUCGCAGUCUGUGUGGUAUCGGGUUAUUGUCGAUAGUUCAGAAACCGUCCCGCUCAGUUAGCGAGGGCGCCCUCAGGUGUCAGAGGCCGUAGCUAGACUCUCAGAUACGCCGGCGCCGCGGGAGGGCGACCCGCUCGCUCCUGCCGGGUCACGCGCCGUCGCAGUGUUCGUGAAUGU